CAUAGUAGUGCUCGAUCGAUCCUGCAUCGAUUAGCACAAAUUUCUGGGGGGCAUAUAUAUAACUCAGGAAUUGAAGCCCCCUGAUGAUGGCAGCAAUCUUUGUCGUGUUAGUAGCAGCAGCAGCAGCAGCUCUCGUCUCGUCCAGCGCUGCGCAGGCACAGCUCAAAGUUGGGUAUUACGGGGACACAUGCAACGGCGCAGAAGAGACCGUGAGGCAGGAGGUUGCAUCUGUUCUAUCCGUGGCGCCGUAUCUCGCCGGCGCUCUCCUGAGGCUCCAUUUCCACGACUGCUUCGUCAGGGGAUGCGACGGGUCGAUCCUGUUGGACUCGGUGGCCGGCGGCGCCGUCGACGCCGAGAAAGAAGCUGAAACGAGUGCAGGCCUGAGAGGGUUCGACGUCAUCGACAGCAUCAAGGAGAAGCUGGAGCAGGCUUGUCCUGGGACUGUUUCGUGUGCUGACAUCCUCGCCCUUGCCGCCAGGGACGCUGUUCAUUGGAGUAAUGGCCCGUUUUGGCCUGUACCAACUGGGCGGCUCGAUGGAAAAAUAUCGAACGCCGCCGAGACGGUUGAUCUCCCGCCACCAAAUUCAGGCAUGGCACAGCUGCAAGCAGCGUUCGCCCAUAAGAACUUGACUGCCAAGGAUCUCGUCGUCCUAUCGGGUGCGCACACCAUCGGCUUCUCGCACUGCCAGCCGUUCCACGACCGCCUCUACAACUACACCGGCGGGAACAGGCUCAACGACGUCGACCCGGAGCUCGACCCGGCCUACCUCAACGAGCUCCGGUCCAAGUGCGGCGCCGCUGCCAGUGCCACUGCCAACGCCGACAACCCGGGGGUCAUGGUGGAGAUCUCCCCCAAGAGAUCGCCCAAGUUCGACACGGGCUACUACACGCAGGUCGCGCGGCGCCGCGGGCUGUUCCGGUCCGACGCCGUGCUGCUCGACGACGACUUCACCGGAGCCUACGUCAAGAAGCACGCGACGGGGCUCUUUGACAUGGAGUUCUUCGGUGACUUCGGCGAGGCCAUGGUGAAUAUGGGGAACCUCCAGCCGCCGCCGGGGAAUGAUGGCGAGGUCCGGAGGAAGUGCUCCGUCGUCAAUUACUAGGAAUAUAAUUAACGUGCAUAUCUUUGGUCCGGUGAAAGCCUGGACAUAUAUGAGUCCUGUGUGGGGUGUGUGUGAUUUUCUUUCUUACUAGUAUGGUUUGCUUUGGAUCACCCUUUAACAAAUCAGUACUAUAUACUCCCUCCGUUUCACAAUAUUGUAAGUCAUUCUAUCAUUUCUCAUAUUCAUACUGAUGUUAAUGAAUCUAGACAUAUAUAUUUAUCUAGAUUCAUUAACAACAAUAUGAAUGUGGGAAAUAGUAGAAUGACUUACAUUGUGAAACGGAGGAAGUAUGUGGUAGAGAUCUCUGCAUUUUAGAAGUUUUUUUUACUGUUUGUCAUCUUCUCAAUUGUGCAUUCUCAAAUAACACUAUUUGCCAUCCGGGUCUACCAUAUUGUUUCUAUUUUA